AUGGCCUCCCUCCGUGACCAACUUGUCGGCGCCUGGGAGCUCAUAUCCUACACGGCGUACAGGCCCGACGACAAGUCCGAUUUCAUCCACCCUAUGGGCCCCAAAGCCCAAGGCAUCAUCAUGUACACACCUGAUGGCUACAUGUCCGCACAGCUCCAAACUCCCGGCCUCACCAAAGGAGCCAGUUGGGAGGAUGUCGGCAAGAACUACAUCGCCUACACCGGGCACUUCUGGCUCGAUGAAGAGGGCGACUCUCACGGACCACUGCUCGUGCACCACAUGCGGAAUUCGAACCUGCCAUAUAUCGUCGGAGAUCGCCAACGUCGUUUGGUCCAGAUCAAAGAUGAGGAAGGCGGACGGUUCCUGAUCUUGAGCACGGCGGAUCCGAUCAAGAUGGGUGAUGUGGGGAGGAUUCCGUUGGUCAGGUGGAGGCGGUUGGAGGAGAAUCGGGCGACGAGGGAGCCGGCCAAGUUGUCUUGA